AUGUCCCCCUCCGCCCCCAUAUUCCUAGUCUGGGGCGCCGAAGGCUGGAUCGGCUCCCAACUCCUGUCCCUCCUACACCAACAAGGCAAAACCGCGCACGGCACGACCGCGCGCAUGCACGAACAAUCCGAAGUCCGCGCGGUGCUCGACAAGAUCCAGCCCACGCACGUAAUCAACUGCGCGGGCAAGACGGGGCGUCCGAACGUCGACUGGUGCGAGACGCACAAGCUCGAGACGAUGGAGAGUAAUGGGUUGGGGAUGUUGGUGUUGGUGAGCGAGUGUGAGAAGAGGGGCGUGCAUUGUUGUGUGCUUGCGACGGGGUGUAUCUACACCUCAACCUACACGCCCGACAACCGCACCCUCCUCUCCGCGCCCUUCAAAGAAACCGACGCACCCAACUUCACAGGCUCCUUUUACAGCGCCACCAAAGCCCCCAUCGAGACGUUCCUCAAAAACUACCCGUCGUGCCUCACCCUCCGCCUCCGCAUGCCCGUAUCCGCAGACCUGCAUCCGCGCUCCUUCGUGACCAAGAUCCUGAACUACAACCGCGUCGUCGACAUCCCCAACUCGCACUCUCUCCUCCCGAAUUUGCUGCCCGUGGUGAUCGCCAUGGCCGAACACCGCGAGACUGGCGUCUUCAAUUUCACGAACCCGGGCGCCAUCUCGCAUAAUGAGGUCCUAUCUUUGUACAAGGACAUCGUGGAUCCGAGCUACGAGUGGAAGAAUUUCACCCUCGAGGACCAGGCCGGGGUGAUUGUGGCGGAGAGGAGUAAUUGUGCGUUGGAUAGUACCAAGUUGUUGGAGACGGUCAAGGGGUAUCAGGCGGAGGGGUUGGAGGUGGAGGUUCCGGAGAUUCGGGAGGCGUACAGGAGGUGUUUUGAGGUGAUUCGGGAUAGUGGGGUGGUGCAGCAGAAGGGUGGGGCUGGGUCGGUGUUGGGGAGUCAGGCUUUGCCGGUGGCGUAG